GAGUCACAUAUGAUCACUGUUCACUGAGUGUUCAGUACAACCAGAGAAAGUCAAAGAUGGAGAACGGAGCAAAGAAAUUUAAUUUUCAGGCGACGCAACAAUCGAAACCGGCGUCGGCCAUCACCGUUCGGAAAGCCCUUACCACGUUAACGGAGAACCUCAACAAAGAUGACCGCAGAACAACCAUAGCUCUCGGCGCCGGUGACCCUUCCUUGAGUAGUUGCUUCCGAACUACUAGUGUUGCCGAAGAUGCAAUCGUUGAUGCAGUUCGAUCGGCUACGUACAACUGUUACGCACCAACUGCAGGUCUUCUUUCUACCCGGAGCGCUGUUGCUGAUUAUCUCAAUCGAGAUCUCACGGACAAGCUAUCACCAGAUGAUGUGUUUGUCACACUGGGUUGCAAGCAAGCAAUUGAGGUUAUAAUAUCAGUUCUUGCACGUCCUGGAGCCAACAUUUUGCUUCCAAAACCUUGUUGGCCGUUCUAUGAAGCUCGAGCUGCAGCUAGCAGUCUCGAGGUUCGCCAUUUUGAUCUUCUUCCUGAAAGAGAUUGGGAGGUUGAUCUUGAAGCUGUUGAGGCUCUUGCUGAUGAUAACACCGGUGCCAUGGUUGUCAUCAAUCCUGGGAAUCCUUGUGGUAAUGUCUAUAGCCAUGAACACUUGAAGAAAAUUGCAGAGACAGCUAGAAAACUUGGUAUUUUUGUUAUCAGCGACGAAGUCUAUGGCCAUCUUGCAUUCGGGAGUAAUCCAUUCGUGCCAAUGGGAGCAUUUGGCUCAAUUGUGUCUGUCAUUACGCUCGGCUCUAUAUCAAAAAGAUGGGUUGUUCCUGGUUGGCGACUGGGUUGGCUCGUCACAAAUGAUCCCAACGGCAUUCUUCAAGAAAGUGGGAUAGUUGAGUCCAUCAAGGGCGCUCUUGAUCUCAUUGCUGAUCCUCCAACGUUCAUUCAGGGGGCAAUUCCUCAAAUCCUUGAGAAUACGAAGGAUGAUUUCUUUUUGAAGAUAAUUAACCUACUGCGAGAGGCUGCAGAUACUUGUUAUGAUCAAAUUAAGGAGAUCCCUGGCAUUACUUGCCCAAAGAAACCAGAAGGGUCCAUGUUUCUAAUGGUGAAACUUAACUUGUCACUGCUGGAAGGCAUUGCUGAUGAUAUGGACUUUUGUCUUAAAUUGGUUCAAGAAGAAUCAGUCAUCAUUCUACCAGGUAUUACUGUGGGAAUGAAGAAUUGGUUACGUAUAACCAUCGCUACCGAUCCCUCAACCCUGGAAGAAGGACUUGAGAGAGUGAAGACCUUCUGCCUCAGGCAUUCCAAGAAGUAAUAAACCUCAUACGGAGUUAAACCAGCUGUGUCAAUUAGCAAUCAGUUAUGGGUUGAUUGUUUGCACUAGAAUUACUAGCCACUUGAAUGAAUAAUGAGAUCCUCCCUUCAUGUUAUUGCUAUUCAAUCAAGAGUUGAGGCAUAGCAUCAACUGGAAACUAUAUGAGUUGAUCUCCAUUGGACUUGAAGGUUUGAGUUCCUUUUCUUGAAUGUAGUUGAACUCGAAAACAAUGGGAUGUCAUGAGUUUAAGUCUCAUGGAUGUUUCAAUUAUCACAAUUUGUAAGAUGAGGUCUUGCUUAGCCAAGUGU